AUGGCUGUGGAGUAUAGUCGAUUCAUGGCUGACUAUCUCGCGAUGGGCCACAUGUGCCCACUCACCAGCGCUGAUCUUGCAGCUACAGCUGGGCCCGUCAACUACAUCCAUUAUCAUGGCAUCUGGCAGCAUGUUAAUUGCGGGCGCAAGCUCCGAGUAGUCUUCAACACGUCCAACCCGACUUCCAGUGGUCACAGCUUGAACGAAGUCCUCCACGCUGGACCCAGACUCCAAGCCGCGCUCCCAUCGGUGCUCAUGCGCUGGCGGCGGCACCGCAUCGCUUUCUGCAGUGAAAUCCGCAUGAUGUUCCGGCAGAUUUGGAUCGACUACCAUGACGUCGACCUGCAGCGGAUCGUCUGGGCUGCCGAUCCCAGCCAGCCUCCAACCCACUACCAGCUGCUCACUGUGACUUACGGCGAAUCGUGCUCGCCUUACCUGUCGUUGCGUACCCCCCAACAGCUAUGCCAGGGCGAAGGACACAACUGGCCCGAAGCUGUAUCAGCCGCCCUGUGUGACUGCUACGCCGACGACUUUCUCUCCGGGGCCGACGACGUCACCGUGGCUUGGCGCCUCCGCGACCAGCUGAGCGGGCUUAUGAAGGCCGGCGGCUUUUCCCUAUGGAAGUGGGUGGCCAAUGUCCGCGAGCUGCACGACGAUCUGCCUGAGGACGUUCGCUUACGUACGACCUGGGAGCAGCUCAGCGCUGAAGGCCUCGUCAGCGAACUCGGGGUCAAGUGGGAUCCACCGUCGGACUGCUGUCAGUUGACGCCUCCACCACUCCAGCCGCAGAGCACAAAGCGGACGAUGCUCGCGGCGCUCACGGGUCUGUUCAACCCAUGCGGCUGCCUCGCGCCGAUCGUGUUGAAUGCCAAGCUCUUGCUCCAGGAUCUCUGGCGCGCCAGACUGGGAUGGGACGAGCCUGCGCCGAUCUCAAUGACUCGCCGAUGGGCGGCAUUUACUGCCGAGCUCCAGGCUAUCUCCACCUUCACCUUACCGCGCUGGAUCGGAGGCGGGCCUUCUUCCGAGCUUCACCUGCACGGCUUUUCGGACGCCAGUCUCCGCGCGAUGGCAGCCGUCAUCUACUCUCGCCUCGCGCCCGGGGCUGGGCCGGCGCUAUGCCACAUUCUUCUGGCUCGGACGAAGCUCUCGCCGAUUCGCUCGCUCAAGCCGGCACCAGAGACAUCCGCGCGCAUGACGAUUCCGUGCCUCGAGCUCCGCGCCGCACUGAUUGCCGCCAAGCUUCUGCGGGCCGCUGCUGACAAGCUACGCGUACCUGUCGACCGCUGUCACGCAUGGUGUGACUCACAGAUCGUUCUGCACUGGCUGCGUUCAGACAGGCCAACCAACAACGUGCUGAUCGACAACUAUGUCACCCAAAUCCAGGAAAUCCUGCCUUCGAGCGUCUGGCGAUACGUGCCGACCCAGUCAAAUCCAGCCAACCUUGCGACCAGAGGUGUCGACAUGACCGACCUUCGUUCGCUGCGCACUUGGUGGGAGGGCCCCGCUUGGCUCGCCGAGGACGUCGACCCGUGGCCCCUAGACCUGCUCCCUGCACCGAACCAGCAUUUAUCCAUCUGCUGCGUAGUGCAGCAGCUCGACGCCAACUACCUCGAGCAAUUCUCCAACUUACGCAUGCUACUAAGCUUCCUCGAGAGAUCAUUCUCGGACGACCUCCAGUGUCUUCGACGGGGCGAACGUCUGCGGAAGACGAACCCCUUGGUACCGUUAGCAGCCUUCCUCGAUGACGACGGGAUUCUACGCGUCAGCGGGCGGAUCGAGCAUUCGCCGCUGACCUACGAGGAGCGGCACCCGCCGAUCCUCAGCGGCGUCUCUUCCUUCGCUUCCAUGGUCAUCGCCUGGGCGCACUUUCGGGCGCUGCACGGUGGAUAUCGUGUCACCAGUGCCUACGUCUGUAAGCGCACUUGGCUCCUCGGUGGGCCCCGGCGGAUCAAGGCUCACCUCCGCAGGUGCGUCGUCUGCAUCCGGCUGCGAGCGCGACCAGCGACUCAACUCAUGGCCCCACUGCCGUCGUCCCGAGUCUCCCCUUCUCGUGCCUUUGCCUGCACCGGAGUGGACUACAACGGCCCUUUCCAUGUACUCUCCGCCAGAGGACGAGGAGUCCCGACCACAAAAGGCUACAUCGUCGUUUUUGUGUGCCUCGCCACCAAGGCCCUGCACCUGGAGCUGGUCAGCGAUCUCUCAGCUGCGUCCUUCUUGGGCGCCCUCCACCGAUUCGCUGGACGCCGCGGUCAGCCCGGUGAGAUAUGGAGCGACAACGCGACUUGCUUCCGCCGCGCUGAUGUCAAGCUGCGCGAUGCCUUGCUGACAGCCGAGCUGGACUGGGGAUUGGUCGCAGGCUCUCUCACCGAUCAAGGAAUUGCUUGGAAGUUCAUUUUCCCAGGUGCUCCUCACUUCGGUGGCUUGUGGGAGGCCGCCGUCAAGUCAACCAAAAGUCACCUCCAGCGAGUCAGGGGGUCACGCCAUCUCACCUACGAGGAAUUUUCCACGGUGCUCGUUGGCAUCGAGAUGAUCUUAAAUAGCCGACCACUGAAACCGCUAUCUGGAGACACUGGAGACCUCGAUAUUCUCACCCCAGGGCAUUUCUUCGUCAGUGGCCCUCUCAACUCCAUCGUUCUGCCCGGCCCCCCUGCGGAGAGCUUGGAUGCACUCUUCCACUGGAAGCUCGUUCGGGGGGUCCACGCCCACUUUUGGUCCCGCUGGAGCCAAGAAUACCUCAACACACUUCAACAAAGGUCAAAAUGGACUACUCCUCGCCGGAACUUCAUCGUCGGCGAUGUGGUCGUUCUCCUCGACGCUACACUUCUGCAGUCCAGCGGCCGAUGA